UUAAUUGUGUUGAUUGUUUUCCACUUUAAUUGAUUGAGAAUUUUAUUUCAUUUUAAUUUCCUCCUUUCGUCCUAAAGUCUUUCAAUGACCAUCAAUAUCUUUGUCCAUCCAACUGACCGUCGUUCAUAUUUUGUAUAAUCACUUAAUUGUUGUUCACCUUUGUGAGUUAAUUGUAAAACAUUAUUAUUACGACUUGAAUUGAUUUGAUCAAAUUGAAAUUUGCUUCCGAAAAUCCUUGAAUCAACAACAGUAAUAACAAUCUAAUUACCUGACAAUUAGAUUAACCGAUUAGGACUAUGCACAAUCAACGAUUAAAUUGGCCUGAACCUCCGAAAAAUGUUCUUGUUAUCCAUAAGAUUCACGAUUCCAGUAUUUUACCGAGUUUCAUUCAGUUAACUCAAUGGCUUUUAGUGGAUAAGCAAAUGGUUGUUCUGGUUGAACACAAUUUACUUAAAGAUAUACGAAAUCGAGGUGAACCAUUGUUUAAACAGUUUCGAGAUAAACUGAUAACCUUUGAGGUUGAUCGAAAUGGCCGUGGUUUGGACCAAGAGGUUGACCUGGUCAUCUGUUUGGGAGGUGAUGGGACACUUUUAUAUGCAUCCUCGCUUUUCCAGAGCAAGGUUCCACCGGUCAUGGCAUUUCACUUCGGAUCGCUUGGAUUUCUAGCUCCGUUCGAGUUUGAAUCGUUUAAGCAACAAGUAACCAAAGUUAUCGAAGGUAAAGCUGGUGUUACCUUGAGAAGUCGAUUGUCAUGUUGUGUUCGUAAACAGGAAACUGAAAUUGAAACGAUUGUUGACCAAUCCAAUCAAUUUGUUGUUCUCAAUGAAGUUGUUCUUGAUCGUGGCUUAUCACCUUUCCUUUGUAACCUUGACCUUUAUAUUGAAGGUAAAUAUAUAACAACCGUUCAAGGUGAUGGUUUAAUUGUAUCAACACCGACUGGAAGUACUGCUUAUGCAGUAGCCGCUGGAGCUUCAAUGGUCCAUCCAAGUGUCCCAGCGAUUAUGGUUACACCAAUUUGUCCACAUUCCUUAUCAUUCCGUCCGAUUGUAGUUCCAGCAGGAAUUCAACUUAAAAUUCUGGUUUCCAAAGAUUCUCGAGGUCCAGCAUGGGUCUCAUUUGAUGGACGAAAACGACAAGAAUUGAAUUUGGGUGAUGAGUUAAAUGUCACCACCUCAGUUCAUCCAGUUCCAUCGAUUUGUUUCAAAGAUCCAAUGAGUGACUGGUUUUCCAGUUUAGGUGAAUGUCUUCAUUGGAACGAGAGGAAAAAACAACAUCCAAUUGUUUUCUAUGAUAAUCUUGACUUCGCAGAGACCGAACACAAUAAUUCCCAUAAAAUCCUUCAAAAUGGAAACGAUAAACGAUGAACCACCGGAGACCAAGUUGUUCACUAAAUUACCUGAGAAAUCAAGAAAAAAAAAGUUUCGAAAAGAAAAAAAUUAGUAAAAAUAUUUACGAAAUAAACAAUAUAUUCAAUGUAUUAAUACUUACAAGUUUUUUUAUUAGGAUUAAUUAUGGAAAUGAACAGUUGGGAUUAACAAGAUUUCAAUAGAGCUCACCAACAUGAUGAUUAAUUAAUCAUCUAAAUUGCAUUUUCUUUUUAGCGAUAAACAAUAAACUCAAAAACGAUUCUCUUUUUUUGCUAA